GCAGAGCGUGCACGAUUUGAGGAUUGUGGAGCCAAGUCAGGUCAGCGGUAAGAUCCGACGAGUUAGUUCUCUGGCGUAGCUCGGUAUCGAACGUUGUUGGGAGCAAAACCGAAACGAGCGCGCGCGCGUGAGUGAUUUUGAGUUUCGAGUCUGCGAUCGGCUCGUGAAAAGUCUCGGCGGUCGAGCAGCCGCCAGUACUUGACAAGAGUUGUGGCAUUCGUUGUGGGUCCGAAGUCCCGUGAACCCUCGUGUGUGUGAAGAUCUGUGCAACCGUGAGCGCGCGCACCCGUAUGCCACCAUUACUGCAUUGUGGUACAAGCUGGCCGUUUCGUAAUUUGUGCAAUCUUUGUUUUUGUCUCGUUCAAGUUGCUCAUCUUCGCCGUGCGGAGUUUUAAGAUUUUCGUGGUUUCGUUAGUCGGCUUGUUUUUCUCUCGUUGGUGAUUAAUUGUGUGCAAAACGUUCACCGGUCGUGAGUCGUUAAUUGAAGUGUAUAUUUGAGAUUAAGCUUCACAGCAGUUAUUGGCCGGUUUUGUGUACACCAUGUGAUCACAAACAACACAUAAAAUUUGUAUUUCAUCAACUCCAGUACCAUCCAUCGGUGACGACUGAUUCGUGACGCAAUGUCCGAUUCAUCGAUGAGCUCAUUUCAUCUUCGAAAGCGGAAUCAGUCAACUCAACUCCAGUGUAGUUUUGUUCCUCGGAACCACAAACCCAACUAAAACAAUGUCGGAAUGGAGCGACCAGCGAACCUCGACGCAGAACUCCGACGACAAUGGAAGGAAUGCUCUGUCCGAGAUCGAUCUCAAGUCGACGGAUCUGUCGACCAGUGAUAACAAUUCGUCGGUGAACUCCAGUAAGUUCCCCCUUCGACGUAUCGGAGACCUCUUUCGAAGCAAGCUGCGUAGCUCGGGAAGCUAUUCGAUUCGGGCGCUCGAAGAUAGUGUUCCGCAAGAGUGCAAGAUAGCGGAUAGUAACGUGCAGGAUGUAGAAAAGGUAACAACUCCGACAAAGAAUCCGGAUCGUCCGGGGCCAGAUGUGACGACGACGGCAGCCGUGGUCGUGAAUGAGAAACCAACCCGCAACGGAAGUAGUAUUGUGGGUGCAGCUAGUAGCGGUGGAACAGCUUUGAGAGCGCGGAGGAUGUCCACUCUGAGUCGGACUAUCCAGCGACAGAAAAGUUUAAUCGCUAGUAUCAACGGUGAGAGAGGACAAUCCACGCUCCGAACAACUAGCAAUGGCCACAAGCGUCAGUCCAUCAGCAGCCAGGACACUUCCGGUGAGAUCGAAUCAGACGUCGUUGUGGGCAAAUCCGUCGGACGAGAACGCAUAAAUUCGACGUCGCACUAUUCCACUGAGAAAAGCGGAUCGUCAGGUUACUACAGUACAAACAUCUUCUUUGCCGGCGGUUCAGUGGUGGACGAUCAUAUCUACUACGAACCAGUUGUGAACCGAGCACGGAAACCAGCCUCGGAAAGUGGGAACAAACCCACUGGGGCAACCGUUGGCAAGAAAGAAGGCAUCUUGAAAAAUAGUUACAAAUCGCAAGAUGCAAACAAAGCUCAAAAGAAUGGCAAAACGUUAGAAAAGUACUAUUACCCAGCAACUCUGGAAAACGUUUCCAAUGACGUCGCAGUUAUGCGCGCGAAGCCGUCGAGCAAUGAGAAGCUUUCCGACAACGUCGAAGCUCCCGAUGGGUCAAUUCCACGUCCGAUUUGGCCGUUGGAUGUGGACGACUCAUUGGCUGACAUCAAUUUGGAGGCAUUUAAAAUGCGGCACAAUAGCCAGCAAAAUUUAAUAGGAUUAGAAAGUUCGGCAUCAUCGAAUUCGGACAACGAACUUUAUUCGGUUAGUAAGAAAAAUCAAGAUGACACAGCGAAGAAGAAAUUCCAGUCACAAUCGCAAUAUGAAGAAUACCUGGAAUUUCACAACACACGUAAUAUUCUCGAGCAGAUUCGUGGAAAGCUCAAUACACUGCUCGAGCAAAGAACAGAAGGUCAGAAACAAACCGACAAUAGCAAUGGACUCACGCAGGCUGAAGCAGAACUUGAAGAAAAUAUUGCUAACCUCAAGUCAGACUUAGAAGGCUACCUGCAGUCUAUGAACCAGAAAAAUGAAAACGAAAUUAAACGCUUCUGUAGAGGGAUGUCGAAGGAUGCCAAAGUGGUUGCCGUGCAAAAUGCCGUCGAGCAUCGCCAUCGUUCACGCGGUUCAUCGGUCAACUUUGAAAACGACUACGAAGUUCUAGAGAACCACAGAGCCUUUGAACAGUCAUACUACCCUACAACUUCUCAAAGAACUCUCACGAGGUAUCCCAAUCCGGGUGAUCAACCGUCACUUUUCGAAACGGUUUACGUGAGAGAUGGUUUCAACGUGCGUCAACUGAAUCGUCCAGCUCCGAAUCCGUUUGCGCAGGAAGCUCGCUCUACGCAAAUGCUACUGAAUCAGCGAUCGAUCUACGUUCAACCGCAGCAACUGCAACAGCAGCAGCAUCAGCCGAUUCGUUAUAUGAGCAACGCAGAGAUCAACGCUCUCAGCACCUACGAGGUAUGCGAACGAAGGCCUAGCAAGGUGUCAAUCGAGAUACCCGAAGACGGAGGCAAAAGUGCACACGUAGUGGUAGACAGUGGUGUUGGGAUGGGAAUCGUUAGCGAUCUGGUUGCGGAGGGUCGCGUUAGGCGUAAGUCAGAGUUAAGUAAUAGUAAUAAUGUAGGCAAAAAUGGCGAUGUGAGUGAUUUUACGUUGCAACGAGUGAUUUUGAUGGAAAGUUUAGGCAAGAAUGGGAAGAUGUUUGGUGACAAGGAGAAGAUGCUGUUGGAAUACCAUUUGAAUAAGCCAAGCUACUGGGAGCUGUAUUAUGGUGCAAAUCGGGAGGAGCAUAAACCACACCACACACUGAUAAGGAAAGUGAAAAUUGGAGGAAAGAACGCCAUAUCGGUUUCAUAUCCCUCAACUCGCCCGGAGUCGGAUUUCACACUUGAUUUACCCCGGGCCGAGCAGCUGCGGGUCAAAAUGAAAAAGGAAAAGCAGUUUCGAAGCCGAUGCCGAUGGUUCUUCUACUUCCUGAGUGUGGUGUUCUUCCUGCUGUCGGUCAUGGUGGUCAGUCUGGUGCUAACCCGGGGAAAGCGAAUGUUUGGCAGUAUGAUUUGAACACCCCACCCUCCCCUCAUGAAUAAUGUGGUGCAUUUCCGGUGCAAAACGAUAUCAUUCGGACGGCUGUCAUUCCGAGAAGCCGGGGUAAAACUGGUGCUGCUGGACAGUAUGAGAAAUAGUGAUCGUCCGUUUUGCGUUUUAGAUUUGAUGCUGUUUUUUCUAUGAUUUAAUUUAUUGUGAUGAUAUUUUAUUUGAUUGAUAACUGCUAAACAUGUUGAGUGAAUAAUUGGAUAAAGACAUCAAAGUAUAAAAAAAA